AAGUACAUCUUUACCUGGCUCGUCUUCGACGCUAUAUGCCACCUCACUCUCGAGGGCUCCUUUCUCUACCUCUCCACCUUCGGCCGCACAGUCAAUGCCUCGAGCGGCUUCUUCGCCUAUCUCUGGCAAGACUAUGCCAAGGCAGACGCACGUUGGGGUACGGCAGACUCGACCGUCGUUGCCCUUGAGAUCCUCACCGUCCUUGGUGCCGGCCCUUUGGCAGGCUACUGCGCUUAUCUGUUGUCCAAGAACGUGUUCAGCUACCACUACUGGGUCAUCGUGCUGAGCACCGCCGAGCUUUAUGGUGGUUUCAUGACUUUUGCGCCCGAGUGGUUGACCGGGUGCAAGGGGCUCAACGGGAGCAACUGGAUGCUCAUGUGGGUGUAUCUCUUCUUCAUGAAC